AACAUAAGAAGGCUAAUCAUCUGUCCUUUGUAAGGUUGAAUUGGAGGCGUGUGCUGUCGCAGUGGGAGCGCGCAGAGGAAGGGAGGGCAAUCUUGUCCGGACGCUAAUAAGACCCAAUGGCUGGUGCAAGGUGGCCAGGAGCUCCGAAACGCGACAGAAGACGGUGGACGAAGGAGAGAAAGAGGAAGAAAAAAAAAUCUCAGGAGAGGAGAGAUAUUUCUGCACGGACUAAGAGGAUGAGAGCGCCACGGGAGCGUCCAUAGGAACUGCAGCGAGCAGUGGGGGCUUUUGGUGUGCGUCAGUUUGUGUGUCUCGUCAAAGGAACUGCGUAAAGAGAGGAGCGCUCUGGCACCACAUGAUUUGGAAUGGACCAGGAUUUGACCCUCAUUCACAUGCCGUGUCACUGGGGUAUCACUGUGAGCCACUGACUCCUGGGAGCCCCAACUCUCCCCAAUGAAGCAGUCCUGGUGGGCCCGCCUGGCACAGCUCGGCCUGCUCACUGUGUGGACCUGCAUAUGGCUGGUCCAGGGGUGCGGACCGGGCCCUGGGUACGGCAUACGCUCCAGGCCCAGGAAACUCACAGCCAUGCACUACAAGCAGUUUUUCCCCAACUUCUCAGAAAACAACCUCGGUGCCAGCGGGAGAGCAGAGGGCAAGAUCACACGUAACUCUGAGCGCUUCAAUGAACUUGUGUGCAACUACAACCCAGACAUUGUCUUCAAGGAUGAGGAGAACACCAACGCAGACCGCUUCAUGACCAAGCGCUGUAAGGACUGUUUGAACAGGCUGGCUAUCGCAGUGAUGAACCAGUGGCCAGGGGUACACUUACGUGUGACAGAGGCCUGGGAUGAGGACGGCCACCACCCUCCCGGCUCUCUGCACUAUGAAGGCCGGGCCGUGGAUAUAACCACUGACGACAGAGAAACAGAGAAGUAUGGUCUUCUAGCCCAGCUGGCUGUGGAGGCUGGCUUUGACUGGGUCCACUACGAGUCCAAAUAUCAUAUCCACUGCUCAGUAAAAGCUGAUCACUCUGUUGCAGUGGAAAAAGGUGGCUGUUUCCCAGGCUGGGCCCGGGUGAUGGUUGCUGGAGGGGUGCAGAAGAGCCUGUCUUCCCUGGCUCCAGGGGACAGAGUCAUGGCCUUGUCUGGGACAGGCCAAGUUGUGUUUAGCCAAGUCCUCUUGUUCCUACACCGGGACCAAGAAAGCUGGUCUACGUUUCUGUCUCUGGAGACAGAAGAUGGCCAUAGAUUGGCCCUCACUCCACAUCACUUGGUCUUUUUAGCUUCCCACUGCAGACUCGACAGCAGCGAGUAUGUGGCUCGGUUUGCAAGCAGAGCCAAAACAGGAGACUGUGUGCUCAUCCAUUCAGCAGAGGGUCAAGUCCGUCCAUCUCGAAUCAUCUCAGUGUCAGUAGAGGAGAGUGUGGGAGUGUAUGCACCCUUGACAGAAGCUGGAACUGUGUUUGUCGAUGGGGUGCUGACAUCCAGCUAUGCUCUGGUGGGGAACCACAGGCUGGCGCACUGGGCAUUUGGACCUGUGCGACUCCUCUCCUCAUUCAGCCAGCUACUGUGGGGGGAGACAGGAAAAGAGCAGCAGACCACAGAGACUGAAACGGCUUGCAUCAAGACUCCAUUUCAUUGUAGCACACUGGGCUCAAAGGACAAAGCAGGUGUAUGUGUGAAUAACGGCACUCUGAUCAAACAAGACAAUCUGAGUGAACCCCUGAGGAUGAAAAUGAAGGAGAAGCAGACAUCAGAGGUGCACUGGUAUGCUAGAUUACUGUACAGUUUGGGAUGUAUCUUUUUAGACUCCGACUCCUUUCAUCCUUAAAAGCCUAAAACUCUACACUCAGCACAUGUCGUACCUCUCAGUGUCUCAGCUUUGAUACAUUUACACUAACACUUCCUGUUCUAUUCUUCAUUUAAUAAAAAGCACUGGAACCGCUUGCUUUGUUUUCUCACCUCUGUUUGCAUUAUCAUCCGUCAUACAUGCUAAUACUUAUGUGAUGUUCUGUAAGAGAUUGAGUUUGAUGGGACAAACUGUCUGAGCGGGUUAAUGUAAAAAAUGGUCAUGCCAUCAUGACUGUAUCAUAGUCUAUUUGUACAUCAUGUUAUUUCUUUAAUUAUUUCAGUUAUAUAUGUAAAAUAUAUAUAUAUAUAUAUGUAUUAUUCUAAUGGGAUAGGAAUGAAUUUUCCCACAACAAUAGAAUCUUUAUUUUUGUACUUUCUGAAUCAUAAUAUAUAAAUGCUUCAUUUUAUAAUAAUUCCACUACAUGUAUUGUUCGUCCUCACGUG